GAAAUGGCAGUACUUCGAACAGAGGAGCUCAAGUAUAUUAUUGAUCCGUCAAGGGUUCCUGGCGAAGAUGAAAAGUAUAGUAAAGCUGGUUGAAAACUGCUCCGAAAAAACUUCCCAUCUCUUUUCAGUCUUUGCUAGUUUGAAUUGGGUCGUCGAAAGUUAUUGACUUGAUCGUCUUAAGAAACCCAAAAGCUCCCCAGUGCCGGUGUUUCAGUUCCCUUAAUUGGGUUGGUGUUUACCUGAGAAGAGCCACAUUCUAUCUGUUGUCUAUAAGAGAGAGGCUAUCGUUCUGCUGCUGGGUUCUGGUUCUUCAAUACCCAUUUCUAUUAAUCAAUGGUCGAACCAAAUAGCAAGUGGGUUUAAUUCGCAGGGUGGUUCCCACUUGAGCGAAAGAAAGAAGAAAGAUGUUGCUGGCAACAUGGUGGACAGAAUCAGUGGAUUGCCGGAUGAAAUUCUAGUGAGUAUACUGUCUCUGUUGCCCCUGAAGGAAGCGCAAGCUACUAGUAUCCUUUCUAGGAGGUGGCAGUAUGUGUGGGCGUAUUGUACUACUCUCAACUUUGAUGAUGAGAAGAAUUUAGUCAGAUUGCGCCUGUCCGACAGAGAAGCACUCGAAUUGGAAAUGUGUAGGUACGUCAAUUGGGUGGAUAGUGUGUUAAAACAGCAUAGAGCCUUAAACAUUGAGCGAUUCAGGGUUUAUUUUAAGCUUUGAUUCUAGAAGUUGUAUUGAUAAAUGGAUUCAAUUUGCAAUGAGGAAAGGAGUUCAAAUGCUUGAGCUGGACUUUGUAUGUACUCUUUAUCUACAUCUUCCGAAAUACAGAUUUAGAAACAAACUGUUAGGUAUCAGCAAAACCUCUGCUUCAAAGUCCUUGUGUUCUGAAUACAUUGGUUUUAAGUGCCUCAAAGUUCUUGAUUUGAAAACUGUUGAUGUGGACAAAGAAGUUCUUGAGUACUUUUUGUCUAACUCUCGAGGUCUUGAACGACUGUCCGUGUCUGAUUCUUCAACACUGGUUAAUCUAAAAGUAACCGGUCAUUCUAUUGCAUUGAAGUACUUGGUGAUAAAAUGAUGUAAAAAUAUCAAAACCAUUGAGAUCUGUGAUUCAAUCCUAGUUUCAUUUGUUUAUGAUGGACCUGUGAGAAACUUGGUUCUUAGUAAUCUACCACUUCUUGUUGAGGUUUCCCUUUUUGGAUGGUUGGCACCCGAUUUCUUAGAGAUUGCCUUCUUACAACUGUCCUUCUGUCUUUCUCAACUGGAGAAUCUCAAAUUCAGCUAUAUGAAUGCGUGGAGCAAAAUGGACCCUGUGCUUCCUUCAUUACCUAAUCUUAAGCGUUUGGAAUUAGUAAUUGAUGAAUAUGAAAACUUUGCUCUUCUUCAUCUCGCAUCUUUCAUUAAGGAAUCUCCUUGCAUGCAUACACUUGUGUUGCGGUUAUCACGAUCAUGGGGUAAAAAAAGUCCCUUUGCCAAGAAGCGAGCUGCAAAAUGCUCCCAUGCUUGUCUAAAGGUUGUGGAAAUAGUAGGGUACAGCGGCCAGAGCCGUCAGACUGAACUUGUGAUGUACUUGACAAAGAGUGCAAGGAAUCUGGAGAAAAUUGUUUUUAAUCCUGUUGCUCGUUGGGGUCCAAGCUUCGACAGACUACGAGAUCAUUCUGCAGUGAAGGAUGAAGAGUGGUCAAGAGCUCAGGCUCGGCAGCUUAAAGAAAAAUUGCCUGCAACUCUGGAAGUUGUGUGCCUGUAGCUACAACAGCCUUAAUUAGUAGGAAACUGCAUUGCUAAAUUAUAUGUAUUGAAUAAUGAAUGCUUCUCUUGAAUUUUGUUAUUCUGAAACUACAAGCUCAAUCCGCAGUUGAAUUAAUGAUUAAUGUUUGUAGUACACUGCAGUGCUUAAAUGAAUGGUGUUUUGCAAA